AACUUUUUGGGCAAUGUUGCCGAGCAAUGUUGCCGGGCGAUGGUGCAAAGAGCGUUUCCCAUUGAUAUUCGGCAACAUUGCUGGUUUCUGAAUAUCUUUGAUCGCCUCUGGCAACUUUUUGCGAGAGGCCAAUCAGAACGCGAGAAAAACGUCACAUGACCAUCUGUGCUCUUCAGAUCAAAAUUUCCAAAACAACAUGGCGGCCGUUCAGUGGACCGAAGAGCUGGAGAGAGUGCUGAUAUCUUUUUACAUGGAACAUCAGUGCCUGUGGAACAUCAAGGCAAAGGCUUACAAAAACAGGGACCUGAGAAAAGCUGCUUUGGACGAGCUCUGUCAGCAGCUCAAGCUCAACAGUGGUGGGCAUCAGGUUGUAGAGCAGGAUGUAAAGAAAAAAUUCAAAAAUCUGAGGACGGUGUUCACCAGGGAGCAUGCUGCUGUGGUGGAGAGCAGCAGGUCUGGGGCUGGGGCGGCAGAGAUCUAUGUGCCCAAAUGGAAGUAUUAUCAGCAACUUCUGUUUCUUCGCGACUCUUGUGGCAUGGACGAGAGUGAGGACAAUCUGAAAGUGCAAGAGGAGCCAGAGGCACCGACAUCACCAGAGGCACCAAUAUCACCUUGUGAGGGACUCUCACCUCAAAAACGGAAGCCAACUGGGAAACAAAAUGGUGCGGAAAAAAAAGCGGCUGAGGCGAUGGAGUAUGCCAUGGGGUUCCUGAAGAGGAAGGAGGCCUCUAAACACACAGGCUUCCUCCACUACCUAGAAAACCUUUUAGAUGACAUACCAGAUAGUAAAAUAAAAAAAGUGAAGCGGGAAAUAAUUCAGGUUGCACAUGCAGCUCAAGAAGAGGAGUGAGUGAUUUUUAUUGUAUACUUAUUGAAAUAUUGCAUCUAUGUAUGAACUGUUUAAUAUUUAAUAAAUUAUUCACAUUUGUUUUGAAACUCACUGGUUAAUUGUUAAUUGAAAUAGCACUGUCCUGCCAGCUUACGGCACCAUUUGAAUUGAAGUACCUGCAAUACUCCUCUCUGACUUCCUUAGCAUAUGUAGAUGGAUGUCUGUCAGAGGAAGCUGCUAUUGGUAGGAAACGCUCAGGUUCCUCUCUCCAGCUACCAGGAAUAAUCUGGCCGGUCUCUGUGUCUUCCUGGUCAACCAAACUAGGUGGGGUGUACAUGUACCUUGAUUGUCCAGUUCUUAAAUAAUUGUGGAGGACACACGCAGCCUUUGUUAUGAUUCUUGCUUUGCGUGGUGAAAGGAGAAUUGGUUGUUUGAACACUCUGAAUCUGUUGGACAAAACUCCAAACACAUUCUCCACACAACGGCGGGCGCGUGACAGUCUGUAAUUGAAAAUUUGUUUAGAUUUGUCCAGUUGUGACCUGGGGUAUGGCCUCAUUAUCCACGGUUUCAGACCAAAAGCCUCAUCUGCCACAAUGGCGUAAGGGACAGGCAGUUGACAGCCAGGCAGCUGCUUCGGUGGAGGCAUAUUCACAGAAUUUUCCUCUAAAGCCUUGCAGAGUCCAGAUUUGGCCCAAAUCCCCCCAUCACUGACUCUGCCAUUGGUCCCCACAUCAAUAUAAGUAAAUUUUAGGUCUGCAUCUGCCAGUGCAAGUAAGACAAUUGAGUUAAACCCUUUGUAAUUAUAGUAAUGUGAUCCUGCAUUGGGGGGAGGCUGAAUGCUGAUGUGUUUUCCAUCCAGCGCUCCAAGGCAAUGAGGAAAGUUCCACCUUUCCUCAAACUUUGUGGCGAUGUUGUUCCACUCCUCAGCAGUUGAUGGCACUUUGAGGUAGUCUGCUUGCAGCAUAUUGAAGAGAGCCUUGCACGUUUCGACUACAAUUCUGGAGAUGCUGUGCCUAGACACUCUGAACUGAUACUCCAGGUCUUGAAAGGUGUGCCCUGUGGCCAGGUAGCGCAACGUUAUUGCUAGUCUCUCACCCACAGGUAUGGCCUUCCUCAUUACCGUGUCCUGCCGCUGUAAGGAUGGAGUCAGUAAGGUCACCAGGAAAUUAAAACUGUCUUCAUCUAGCCGCAGCCAGUUCUUAUAACUGGGGGGAUCCUCAGCUGCCAG